GCCCCGGAAGUGGUUCCGGGGCUGGGGUUGGUAAGGUCGGGCCAUGGUGGGGCAGAGGUUGGGAAGAUGGCGUUACGAGGUUGGGCACAGCGAGGCUGGGGCUGCUGUCAGGCUUGGGCGCCUCCCGUGGGCGGCGGCUGCCCGGAGCUCUCUGCGGCCCAGGCCCCGCGGCUGCUCGGACUCAGGUAUAACUUCCUUCUUCAGCAAAAAUGUGGAUUUAGAAAAGCACCAAGAAAAGUUGAACCUCGAAGAUCAGACACGGGGUCAAGUGGGGAAGCCUAUAAGAGAAGCGCCUUGAUCCCGCCUCUGGAAGAGACAGUCUUUUACCCUUCCCCCUACCCUCUACGGACUCUCGUGAAGCCCUUUUUCUUCACUGUUGGGUUCACAGGUUGUGCAUUUGGAUCAGCUGCUAUUUGGCAAUAUGAAUCAUUGAAAUCCAGGGUCCAGAGUUAUUUUGAUGGUAUAAAAGCUGACUGGUUGGAUAGCAUACGACCGCAAAAGGAAGGAGACCUCAGAAAGGAGAUUAACAAGUGGUGGAAUAGCCUAAGUGAUGGCCAGCGGACUGUGACAGGUAUCAUAGCUGCAAAUGCUCUAGUAUUUUGCCUAUGGAGGGUCCCAUCUCUGCAUCGAACCAUGAUCAGAUAUUUUACAUCCAACCCAGCGUCAAAGGUUCUUUGUUCUCCAAUGUUGCUGUCAACGUUCAGUCAUUUCUCCUUGUUCCACAUGGCAGCAAAUAUGUAUGUUUUAUGGAGUUUCUCAUCUAGCAUCGUGAACAUUCUGGGUCAGGAGCAGUUUGUGGCAGUGUACCUGUCUGCAGGUGUCAUUUCCAAUUUUGUCAGUUAUGUGUGUAAAGUUGCCACGGGGAGAUAUGGACCUUCACUGGGUGCAUCAGGAGCAAUCAUGACUGUGCUUGCAGCAGUCUGCACCAAGAUCCCAGAAGGGAGGCUCGCCAUCAUCUUUCUCCCGGUGUUCACCUUCACAGCAGGCAAUGCCUUAAAAGCCAUCAUUGCCAUGGAUACAGCUGGGAUGAUCCUGGGAUGGAAGUUCUUUGAUCAUGCAGCACAUCUUGGGGGAGCUCUCUUUGGAAUAUGGUAUAUCACUUAUGGUCAUGAACUCAUUUGGAAGAACAGGGAGCCUCUAGUGAAAAUCUGGCAUGAAAUAAGGACUAAUGGCCCCAAAAAAGGAGGUGGCUCUAAGUGAUGCAAAACUGGCCAGUAUGGUACAUCUGCUCCUUGCUGCCUGGAAGACUCAGCAUCCUGCCACCCCGGUGUUUUAAAUGUUCUCAGUACAUGUCUCAUUAGCAAAUUAUGGCAAAGUUAUGAAAUAAAUGUUUAUAUCUCUAGUUUGUAAAUGGUAUUUGCUCCUUUGGAGUACUGGUGCUCUUGAUUGGUUUGUGAAAUAUGACAUUCUUCAAGCCUGGAACCUGGUGAGAGAUCCUCAACAGAUUUGAUGGUACCUUGGAGGAGCCUUGGUUUUAUGCCUGACCUGGCAUCUACUUAGCAUUGCUUCUGACUUCCUUUCAACAGCAGAAAGUUGAGGGCAUUCUCUGUUUGACAUAGUCUGGAAUAGCAGCCACAGCACUUCCAAGCAUUUCCCUAAAUGACUUUUCUGGCAGUGAGCAACAUAUUCAGAAACUUGUUUUAGAAUUUACUUUCUAGAUAAAAGAUGCAGCUAAGAUAAGAGGAGAAGAGGGGGUUGGAAAGAUGGCUCAGGCAGAAGAGUUGCCUGCCAUGAAAACAUGAGGAGCUAAGGUUGAAUCCUAGCACCCAUAGAAAACUGUUGUGGUGGCACAUACCUGUAACACCAGUAUGGUGGACAGGUGAGUCCCCGGGCUCAUUGGCUAGAUGGAUUACCCAAUUGAUGAGUUCCAGGUUAAGUGAGAGACCUGUCUCAAAGGGAUGAGCAUUAAGUGAUAGAGCCGAACUCUCGGUGUUUUCCUUUGCCCUCUCUGCACAUGUGUAGAAAUGCAUGCUCAUGGGUGUGAACACACCACCACAGAAAAUAAAAUGGGGAGCAAUUGAGGAAAAAACCUGGAUUCUAUCUUGGGUCUCCACGUAUGUGCACACACAUGCAUGACCAUCAUGAACUCACCAGCCCCAUCCCACCUCCAAGUGAAGGAAAUAAGGUGGGUAAAUACAGAAAGGAAACCUUGUUUCAACCUUAUGUUUAGAGAUAUGUGCUCUAAUGGGAUCAAACUGGACCCCCUGAAUGUGGCUGACAAUUGGAGCAGACUGAGAAGCCAAUGAUAAUGGCACUGGAAUUUGUCUCUACUGCAUGUCCUGGCUUUUUGGGACCCUAUUCUA